AUGCGAGAACGUAUUUUAAUAUUAUAUGGAUCAGAAUAUGGAACCGCAUAUGAUUGUUGUCGAAAUAUAUAUUACGAAUUGUAUACAAGUUUUGAUAUAGACUUUUUUUCAUUAAAUGAUAUAAAUAUUAUUAGUCUUUAUAAAUAUAAUAAUAUUAUUAUUAUUGUUAGUACUACUGGAUAUGGUUGUUGUCCACAUAAUAUGACACAAUUUUGGCUAGCUCUACAUAAUAAUGAUUUUAUUUUUUAUGAUAAUAUGAAAUUUCAUUUAUUUGGAUUAGGAGAUAGUUCAUAUGAUAAUUAUAAUCAAGUAGCAAAAAAAUUAAAAAAAAAAUUAAAAUCCUUAAAUGCAAAUAUUGUAAAUUAUAGCUUAGGAAAUUAUCAACAUCCAUCUAUGCAUUUUUCUAAUUUUAAUAUAUGGAAGAAUAAUUUAUAUGACUUUUUAAAAAAAAAUUAUUAUAAUUUUGAUAUAAAUACAAAUGUUCCUUUUAUAUAUGAUGUAAUAAUUUGUCAGGAUAAUAAAAAUAAACAUAAUGAUCAUAUAUAUCAUAAAAAUAAUAUUAAUAACAAUAGUUGUAAUAACCAAAAGAUGAAUAUUUAUAAUAAUAAUACCAAUGAAUAUUAUAAUUUGAAUGACAAGAAAAAUACAAGUUUUUUUUUUAAAAAUAUUGAAAAUUUUAAUAUUGAUGAACAUUUUUGUAAAUUAUUAAAUUAUAAAAAAUUUGUAGUUACAAAGAAUGAAAGAUAUACAAAUAUAAAUUAUGAUCGAGAUGUAAGAUAUAUGAAUUUAAUAACAACAAAUGAAUGUUCAAAUAUAUGUGGAUUAAUAAAAGUACAUCCUUUUUUGGAUAUGAAUAAAACAAAAGAAUUAUUAGAAUUAUUAAAAAUUAAUUACAAUGAUUAUAUUAUAAUAAUUCCAAAUAAAAAUCUUAAUAACAAUCAAAGUAUAUAUUUACCAUUAAAUAAAAAAAUAAAAGUAUUAGAUUUAUUUAUAUAUUUUUUGGAUCUUAACAAAAUUGUAACUCCUUUCUUUUUUACAUAUUUAUCUACAAAAACAUUUAGUUCAAUUCAUCGUAAUAAAUUUUAUAAAAUAGCAGAUACUAUUGAUAUAUCUGAUUAUUUUUCAUAUGUAUAUCAAGAUAAAAGAUCAUACUUUGAUAUCAUGUUUGAUUUUUAUAAUUAUAUUAAUAUAGAUAUUAAAUUCUUAAUUAAUACAUUGCCAUAUAUACAGGACAGAUGUUAUUCUAUAUUAAAUAUAUUUACAGAAUAUACAAAUAUAGAAAAUUAUAAUUUUUUUAAUAUAUAUAAUUUAUAUGCAAGUCAAAAGUUUUUAAAUAUCUUAUAUUUUUUAAAAACAAAUCUUAAUUCAAAAAAAAUAACACAUAUACAAAAUAUAAAUUCUUUAAAAAAUGAAACACAAAAAAAAAAAAAAAUUGUUCCACAUUCCUCUUUUAAUUAUAUAUCCAAUGAUACUUCUAAAAACACACUAGUAGUAACAUAUUCAAAAAUUAUAAAUAAUAUAUAUAAAAAAAUUUUAAAAACAAUUAAAGGAGAAACAGAAAAGGAAGAAAAUAUAAACCAAUAUAGACAUAUAACUACUAAACAGAAUAUAAUAGAAUUAUUAGUAUGUUUAUAUAAAAUAGAAAUAAAUAAGAAUAAAACAUUAAAAGGAUUAUGUUCAGAUUUUUUAGUUAAUUUAAAUCCAGGAUCAUUUGUAUAUUCAAAAAUUGAAAAUAGUAUGCUAGCUCUAAAUAAAAAUAUUUUUAAUUUAAAUUACACGGUUGUAUAUAUUUCUGUAGGUGCUGCUUUUAGUAGUCUAAUACCAGUAAUAAGACAAAGACAUUAUUUAUAUUCGACACAAUAUAUAGAAAGUAAGCAUGAUAAAAAUAAUAAUCUUAAGCAUAAUGAAGAUUAUUAUAAAAAUAUAAAAAUGAGAAGAAAAAGAGAUUUGCUCUUUUUAGGAUUUAGGCAAAAAUCCCAAGAUUUUUUUUUCAAAGAUGAAAUAAAAAGUUAUUUAUAUUUUAUUUAUAUUUUCUUGGCUUUUUCACAAGAUGUUGAAGAUAAAUUUGUAUAUUAUAAUAUGUUAAAUCAUAAUGAUUCUUCAAAAAAAUGGACCCAACAUAAUAUUAUGAGUAAUAAAGAUAUGAACAAUAUAUAUGUCAACAAUAAUAAUAAUAAUAAUAAUUACUCGUAUGAUAAUGUGUAUUAUGAAAAUCACUUUGAUCAAUAUGAACAAGAUUAUUUUAAAAUGUCUUACGAACAAAUGAAGAAUACAAUAAAAGAGAAAAAGAAAAUUUAUGUAACUGAUAUUAUAUUAAUGCUACAAAAUACUAUAUAUGAUUUAUUAACACAAAAAAAUACUAUCAUUCUUAUAUCAGGUAAAUCAAGACCCUUUUCUCAAAAUUUAAUUAAAACAUUUACAGAUAUUAUAAAAAAUAAAGAACCAAAUAAAAAUAUGGAUGAGAUUAAUUUAUUUAUUAAAAAAAAAAUUGAUGAUUUCUCUAUUAUAUUAGAAUCGUGGUAUUAA